AUGAUAUCGGUUCUGUUGCUGCUCUGGUGUGUCAACUAUGGGAACACGUUCAACGAUUUUCCGUCUCUGAUUUCCAUGAACGCGACUAUGGCUGUCGUCAUCGACAAAGGCCUCUUCGGUGACAAAGAGGAGCACAGGAAAACCGUGGGGGUGGUGCACGAUCUGAUCACGGACAUCGUGAGGAGAGAGAUGCGCGUUGGUGGUAUCGGAGUUCGCGUCUUUCGUGACGCGAAUGUCGAUCUACGACAAGACUACACGAUUCUUCUCUCCGUCGCGACGUGUUAUCAAACAUGGCGUCUACACGAGAUCGCGCGGAAGGAGGAGCUGAUACACCUCGCCGUAACAGAUCCAGACUGUCCUCGAAUCCCAGACACGGAUGGCAUGAGCGUGCCACUGAUAGUGCCGGGUGAAGAGUUGUCACAGAUUUUCCUUGACUUAAGGAUGAUGAAUAUUCUGUCCUGGAACGUGGUCAACAUCCUUCACGACGAUACGUUCGACAGGGACACGAUCAGCCGCGUGAUGAGGGCCAUAUCGGACAGGCUGCCGAACAAGCGAUUGAACCUCAUCUCCAGGUCGAUUUUCACGUUGAAACACGAGGAAACCGAGAACGAGAGGUGGAACUCGGUGAAGAAGGUGCUGCACAACUUCCACGUGGAUCAGUUGGGACAUUGCUUUUUAGUGAUCGCCACCGUAGACAUGGUCGCGGACGUGAUGGGUGUGGCAAGGUCCCUGAAGAUGGUCCAUCCAGCUAGCCAAUGGCUGUACGUGAUCACCGACAGCGCGACGCAGAAUCUGACCAACAUGACGACGUUCGUCGAUCUGCUGGCAGAAGGUGGAAACGUGGCCUUCAUGUACAACGCGUCCAGCCUGGACGGUUUCUACGAAGUGAAGGCGAUGUGUUAUCUGAAGAAAUUGAGCCAAGCGUUGGUGAAAGCUGUAGAGUACUCGCUGACGAACGAGAUCGAUUUGUUCAAGAGGCUAGAGGAAGAGAAUUUCGACGUGAUCAGGCUGACGAAACGAGAGAGACAAAAGGAGAUCCUGAGGAACAUCAGAAUAUACCUUUCCCAAGAUGCUUUUACCUCGGAAAACGACUGUGGACGAUGUCUCCUAUGGAGGUUCUCGUCGUCCAUAACCUGGGGAAAUUUCUUUGCCCACGGGAAAAAUGUGGCACACCUGUUGGAUAUAGGCACGUGGACACCUCGUUUCGGCGUGAACCUCACGGACGUGGUUUUUCCUCACAUUGCGCAUGGAUUCAGGGGCAUUAAUCUACCGAUCGCGACUUAUCACAAUCCACCGUGGCAGAUAAUUUCCGUAAGCAAAGCAGGCGUGAAGUCGUACGAGGGUUUGGUGUUCGACGCGAUCAGCUACCUCGCCACGAAACUGAACUUUACGUACACGGUGAUUACGCCGGAAGUGAGUCGAAGUUCGAAGUCUUGGAAUACCUCUCGGUUCGCCAAGCUCGGCGAGAAAAUUAAAGAAAUGACCAUGUCUACCACGAGGAAAGUACCGCAGGAAGUGAUCGAUUUGGUGCGCGAGAAAAAGGUCCUCCUGGCUGCCUGCGCGUUCACCGUGAACGAAUGUGCGAGGGACACGUUCAAUUUCACCGUACCAAUCUUCGUGCAGACCUAUAGCUUCUUAACUUCCAGGCCUAAACAGCUAUCCAGAGCCCUCUUGUUCGCGUCCCCCUUCAGGAAGGAGACGUGGGCCUGUCUGGCCGUAUCCAUUAUCAUAAUGGGUCCGAUCUUGUACCUGGUUCACAAGUACAGCCCGUACAGCACCAAGACCUCGGGCCUCAACUCCUCCUGGCAGUGUGUAUGGUACGUGUACGGGGCGCUUCUUCAACAAGGGGGAAUGUAUCUGCCGCAAUCUGACAGCGCUCGCAUACUGAUCGGUAUCUGGUGGCUGGUCGUGAUGGUCCUGGUGGCUACGUACUCCGGAAAUCUGGUCGCCUUCCUCACUUUUCCUCGAAUGGACGUGUCUAUCCUGACGGUGGAGGAACUGAUCGCGAGGAAGGACAGGAUCACCUGGGGCUUCCCGAACGGUAGUUUCCUCGAGAUGUACCUGCAGAACGCGAACGAGUCUAAGUACCACGUUCUACUCUCGCGCGCUGAGAGGCAUAACGACACGGAGGAAGAGAGGCUGGUGGAACGCGUAAAGGAAGGGAGACACGCUCUGAUCGACUGGAGGAGUUCCCUCAGGUUCUUGAUGAGGAAGGAUCUGUUGCUGUCCGGAGGCUGCCAUUUUUCUCUCAGCAUGGACGAGUUCCUGGACGAGCCCAUCGCGAUGAUCGCCCCACACGGCAGCCCUUACUUGUCUGUCAUUAACGCGGAAUUGCAUCGAAUGCUCGAGUCCGGAUUGAUGAACAAGUGGAUCUCCGAGAGGAUGCCGGUGAAAGACAAGUGCUGGGAAGUGCCGGGGAAUAGCCAGACGGUGAACAAACGGAAAGUGAACGUCGCUGACAUGCAGGGGAUAUUUUUCGUCUUAUUCAUAGGCAUCACGUUGGCUUUCCUCUUCCUCUUCUGCGAGUUCUACUGUCACAGGCGCAAGACAUCCAAGGAACGCAAAUUAAUACGACCCUUCGUCCCGUAAAUCUCAUCUCGGGACGGGUAUAGUUAUGCUAAUACCUUUCCCUCUUCUCAACAUGGUGUCCCAACAUGGACGCGAUUUCUCCUGGAAAAAACCAACCGGUCCCACGCAAUGAGUUCAAUCGCACGCAUUACCAUUCUCUCUUCUGCGGAUCGCCAUUUUUUCUCCCGAUAAUUACCGCGUUUUGCCUUUUUUCUUGAUCGACAAAAAAUCGUACUUGGCACGAAUCGUCGACGCAACCGGAAGACCUAGAAUCCUUGCUCAA